AUGGACUCAGCAAACAAUAAAUUUGAGACUCUUUCUUAUCCAAACAUCAUCCCACAAACCUUUCUGUUCAAUCUCAAACCCAGGCACGAGCCCAAGCAAGAGCCAUCAGGAUUCGGAACGCCGCCUCUCCGAGUCAGAGUCUGCGCCCAGCGGAUAGAGUCACUGCGCAAUCAACUCAGAUUCCCACACGCGAUUGCCGACUCAACACUCAGAUGGCAUCUCAACUAUAACAACUGGGAGUUGAACUGUGCAGCCCAAUCAUUCUGGGAAUCAGAAGAAGCAACACAAGCAGAGGCCCCAACUCAAAGACCCGCAAGAACUGUCGAGCAGGGGAGAAUCUUCCGGAUUGUCGACGGAGCUGAUCUCAUGGAAACUACACAGCGCUCUAGGACGCAGUUAAUCCACAACCAACCACUGAGAGCAGCAGGACAGCCUCCGCGCCACGUCCCUCCCCACGCUGAGUCCAUGUCCAAGGCCGAAACAGGAAUUCCGCUCCACGACAGAGAGUGGAUCCUGGAGUCUCUACAAGGAGAUCUUAUGGGGAUCAUCGCUGCGCAGGUCGGUACAGACAACAAUUUGUGGUUAUGCCCCAAGUUUCUGGUUCGACAUCAUUAUGACCUCGUCAUUGCCGUCGAAGAAUGGAUGAAAACCGGUGGCAUACCUCUUGUGCCCGCGCCAUUGCGAAGACGGAGCCGCAAGUCUAUCUUCAGAUACAGCGGUGUGCAUCCUACCAAUGUCAAAAACCCACAGCGGGCUAUCAAUGGAGCCUUCAAGACAUUCUCCACGGAUCCACAACCUGGAGCACUGUCACAAGAGGAUCGAGUGGCCGUGCGCAGACAUUCUCAGCGACAACUGCAGCGACGCAUGCAAAAUCCCGCUAUCCUCCGCGCAAGUGGUUUCCAGGACUACUUCAAAGGCGCUCGUCGUGGUUAUCUGCUCAAUAAUCGAGGUUUGAAGAACACACCCGCCUACGUCGCCAGCUCAGACGCGUCCAAGCUGUGGCUUGAGUUCGUACGCGACGACGGUGCUCUUAAUGCUCAGCGCUUCCCCAGCAAGUUCUGGAUCCCAACAGGACGUGGCAAGAAACAAGCUGCCCCUUUCCGCUGGCACGAUAGCCAUGAGCCGGCGCAACUGCACGUCGAAUUCGACCGGUUCAAGUCUGCACACAUCACGCGUCUCAACAAGUGGCGAGCUCACCGACAAGCAAGCAUCACUUCCGCAGGCAAGAAGCCCAACCCACUGCCAUUCAACAAGUUCGAGCUCGAAUGGCUCACCGCGCAAGAUGCCAUGAACAUCGAAGAGCAGUUCUAUCACGAGGCUGGCCAGGAUGCGCAGGACAGCGGGAUCAAGAACCAAGGCAAAUGA